UUUGGCCGGACAGGGAGAAACACUUCUCACUUAAGAACAAAAGCAGCAACGGACCGACCGAGGGGGGGCAGGAAUAAAAACGGCGACUCGACUCCCCCUCUUUUUUUUUUUUAAUCUCCAGGGUUAGAUUUUCGUGUUCUUGGCGAGAAGUAACCAGCGACUGAACUCCUGAGGGGACACAAACUUGGUCGCCUUUGAAUCCCGACCGUAAUCCGUCGAGAAGCUUGAUAAAUAAAGACAAGGGUCAAACAAACAGAUGGACGGCAUUGUUUCCUCGGUCUGUAACCAAAACUUGGGCCGUAUAUGUAAGCAGGUGGGAGCGAGCAACUUCUGAGCGUCCGGAGGUUCGUUUCGAAACGGACGCGUGGGAUUACGGGAAUAUUUAGGAAAUUCGGGUUUCUGUUGCGGGCGGCGUCUCUCGUGAGGCAGCCGUGCAAAUAUUUCAAGGCUGAGAACUUGGAAGUAGAGCAAAGCGGGACCAGGAAGGUGGCAGGACAACCUUUGAUGGCUCAGAUGGCAUCCGCUGAACAUAAUGGCAUAGAUGUACUACUUGUGGACAUAGAUGAACCUAUUGAAAUCGAAGAAACUGAAUAUGAAAAGAUGAGCUCUUCAGAGAAACUGCACCACUCUGUCAACUCAGACGAAAGCAAUGCAAGCGGUGUGACGAGUUUCACCACCAACCACAACUCUGUUGUGUGCCUGCCUCUGGUUUCAGAGGGGCUCAAGCUAGUGUGGACGCAGUCCGAUCAGACCCGAGAACUCGACGAAAUCCCAGAGCUGGUCCAUGCUUUUAACUUGUUUCCGUACCCAUCAUCCAAGGAGGUCGGCGUACUUGCCCGAGUAUGUGCCUUGCCGUUGGACAAAGUCAAAGUGUGGUUUAUGGUGCAGAGAAUUAAAUAUGGAAUUAGCUGGUCCUCAGAGGAAAUCGAGGAGACGAGGAAAAAGCUGGCGGUGCCGGAAGUUAGUGAYGACUCAACUGAAAAAAAUGACGCUAAAUUAAAGAGCAGAAGUUCGGUUGAAUUUGUAAGUGAGGGAAAAGACGUCGAGGACGACGAGGCUGCUCUCACCAGCUUCGUUCCCCCGACAAAGAAGUCGAAACAUCAGUCCACAGAUACUUACAGAUCGACUCCCCCCUGUUUCAGUUCCACUCUUCCACCCCCUGAGGAUUCAUACUUCUACCGUUCGCCUGCAGGUGCUCCAGCGUCUACAGCAGCCGACGUCUCCCUCGACCUGUCGGAUUCGUCUUCCCGACAGAACCGUCACGGACGCUACAAAAAGUCCAAAGCUCAGCUGGCAGCCUUGCGUAAAAGUUUUUUGAGGGAGAACUGGCCCGCAGAGACGGAGCUGAGACGUUUGCAGGAAGAAACCGGCCUGACUCGAAAUGACAUCCGGAAAUGGUUCAGCGACAGCCGUUACCAGCUGAGAGUCGGCAGAGGAAGCCUGGCAGCAGCUCAGAACUAUACUCCCCAAGCUGCUGUUGGGGGUAAACAUGACCCACCAUCUCAGCCUCUCUCACUUACUAGUUUGAAGUCUCGUCAGGUGAACGGGGUGAAAGGUCAGGAGGGAACGCGCAACAAUGGCAUUAGAAAUUCGCACUUCUUUCAGACUUUUUUGUCAAACAGCCUCGAAGCGUUUGGAGAACGGAUCCAUGAGACACAGGAGCUUGAAGUCAAGGAGGAGCUUUCCGGAGAUGGAGACAGCUUUAAAGAAGAAGAGCAAGACGAAGAACAGCCCUUACAAUUAACAAAGAACUUCAUAAUCGAGCCAGAUGUCCAAGAAGUAAAGUCUUCUCCCUGUUCCUCCCCCUCUGCGAGUCCACCUCCUAGCAAACCACUUUCACCCAAGAUCCGCACAUCAAAGAAAUCGGUCCAUUCAUCCAAAACCAGUCCCUCACAAACGUCCACGUGCUUCUCUGGAGCCUCCACGUCUACGUCUCCUGCCCUCACUCCUGCGGGACGACCGAGAAAGACCAAGGAGCAGUUGGACGUGUUGAAGCAGCACUUCCUGCAGUGCCAGUGGCCCACAAGUGAACAUUACACAGAACUCGUUAAGCUCACAGGCUUACCCAGAGCUGACGUGAUUCAGUGGUUUGGUGACACGCGGUACGCUGUAAAAAAUGGCCAACUUCGCUGGGUGAAGGGUGUUCGCGAUCAGUUCUUGGCAGAGCUCGCUGCUCAGCAAAGCAGCAGCGGGUUGACAAACGGAAGCGGGCCGGCCGCUCGGGCAGGGGGUGGCCGCAAACGGAAAUCUAGUAGACCAAGUACGGAUUCUCCUGAUAUCCAACCUUUGUUGUCGUAUUAUCUCACAACGGGCUCACUGCAUGAAAAAGACCUGGACUUACUAUGCAAGAAAUCAAGAAUGAGCUACCAGCAAGUGCGAGACUGGUUCGCAGCUCAGGAAGUCGGGGAGACUGACCAAGAACUUGUUGUUGCCUAAGAACAUUUUUAAAAAAGGUUAACGGAGUGCUUCACGCAUCUGUAUUGAUGCAGUUUAUGUUGCUUUAAUUCCCGCAGGUCUGUAAAAAAAAAUCCAGUCUUCCCAGAACAGCCCAAAGUGAGUUUAGUGUAUUUUUUAUAUAAAUAAAUGCUGCAUUUCUUGCUUAUCCUAAUAUAUUAGACUUGAAUUAUAUUUGUACUGCCUAUGUUGCUGUAUAGGACAGUAACCUGUACACUGGUUUGUUAUAUUUUUGAGUCAUAUUUUGUUUAGAUAUCACUACAAUUGUUUUUUAGUAUUAUUAUUAUUACUAUUAUUAUUUGUAGCAGUAUAAUUUAUACUUUUGUAUUGUUGGUAACUGGCUGUAGAGAUAAUUUACUGCUUGAGGAAAAAAAAAGACCAUUGACAAACUCACUGACUGAUGUGGGUCAUCAUUCCUUUUCCAGCUUUUGUUUUCAUUAAAAAAAACAACACUGGACAUUUAAAUUAACAUAUUGCACUUUGGUUUUAGAGCCUGCUGCAUUUUUUUUCAGUUUUUUUCACCAAAAAUCUAGUAAAAUAUGAGUUUUGAACUGAAUUUCUAACUUAUCAUUCUCAACGUACUGCUUUGGAAUUUAACGUCAAACUUUUGAAAAAUCCCACGAUACAGAAAAAUCCAAUUGUAUUUCAAAAACAUGUUUUAAGAUUCUUGUAAUUUGAAUGCUCUCUUGUCAUUUGCAUAGAACUGCACCUUUACAGAAGUAAUGGGUGAAUUUUGAUGCUACAAACACAAAAUACAAAUGCCAGAAUUGCCAUUUUAGUUAUUGAUCCAGUGAGUAUUUUUCUCUUUUUUUUGUCCUAAAAGACGUAGGGUGUAACUUGGAUUAUUAGUGUAGACAAACUAAUAGACCAAACAUAGAUGUCUACAUGUGUGAAUAGAAAUUUCAAAUCCAAAGAUUUUGGUUACAACUCUAACUCAACUACUGACUGGUGGCACAACACUAUAUUCAUGUCAUCGGUUCAUGUGAAAACUCAGAACUCUAAGUACUUUUAGUUAAAGUGAAUGACGUAGGUUUUGAAUGGAGUCAGAGUUUAGCUCUUUGAAAAUGUCCAGGCCAAGAUGAAAUGACCAGAAACUUGACUAAGAAGGGUGCGUCACUGUUCAUUUCCCCUCUUAGUCAUAAAAAGGUAAUGCAUGUGUCAUGCUGUGUGGAUAAGCUUACAUUCAUUUUGUCGUCCUUUUGUUGAUGUUUUCAGUUAUUUUAUUUUUUUCCUGUUUUGAAAAGAAAAAAAAAUCCUGAUUUGCACAAUUGUGUCACUGGAAAUGAGUAAAAGAGUUUCCUUUGUAA